ACAGUAUUCCAGCCGACAGAAUUUGCCCUCUUUAUAACUUUUUGUUAAAAUGGGUAAGCGCGUUGCCGUCGUUUUAGCAGGUUGUGGCGUUUUUGACGGCAGUGAAAUUCACGAAGCUUCUGCGGUGUUAGUUCAUUUAAGUCGACAGGGCGCAGAUGUUAAAAUAUUCGCCCCCAGCAUUGAUCAGAUGCAUGUUGUGGAUCAUGUCAAGGGCGCCCCUACUGAGGAGAAGAGGAAUGUUCUUGUGGAAAGUGCCAGACUCGCUCGGGGCGACAUUCAAGAUUUGUCCCAGCUGAAUGUGAAGGAGUUAGAUGCUAUUAUUUUCCCAGGUGGAUUUGGAGUGGCAAAGAACUUGUGUACCUGGGCUGUGCAAGGAAAAGACUGCUCUGUCAAUGAGCAAGUGAAAACUGUACUGCAGGCUUUUCAUAGUGAGAAAAAACCCAUUGGCUUGUGCUGCAUUUCCCCAGUAUUGGCAGCUAAGGUUUUUCCAGGCUGUGAAGUCACAGUUGGCCAUGACAAGGAUGAAAGGUACAUUCAAACUGUAUGCAAACGGUUGCCCUUUGCAACAUGUACUGCUGACGCCAUCACCCAGCUGGGCUGCAAGCAUGUCUGCAAGAGCGUCAGUGAGGCUCACGUCGACGAGAAGAACAAGAUCGUCACCACAUGUGCCUUCAUGUGUAAGGCACCACUCCAUGAGAUAUUUGAUGGCAUUGGCGUAAUGGUGCAGGAUGUGUUGAAACUUGCUUAACUUAAUGUGUCAAAAACAAAAAACGUCAGGGAGAAAAUCUGUGAGAGUUCUGUGGAGCUGGAAUAUGCAUUAAAAUGCAAAACCUACAGAAUUAAAGACUGCUGAAUGUGUUAUAGUGUUUGAUAUCGGUUUCUGUUAGUUGUGUGCAUGUGAUUUCAAUUGUCACCCACUUUAAAGAAGCACUCCAUUGUGGUCUGAGUUUCCUGAUCCAACAAUGGGUAACUAUGCUUUCACUUUGACUUUCACAUGUUGAGUCAUUGGAAUUCACUUCCCUGUUACCCAGACAUUGCUGCAUCAUCACAUCCGCAAAGAGGUGAUUGUGAAAUGACGUUU